AUGUCUCAAUCAUUACACAUCUUCACUCCCUCUAACCUCACUUUCCCCAAACAACCUUACCCUAAACCCUCCAAUAUUCGCCGGUUCCCGGUCACCAACUUCUCUCCGAAACUUAUCUCAAUCAAAGCUUCCACGUCAUCAGAUCCCAACGCCUCCACGUCUCCUCAAGUCUUAAUCUCUAAUAACGGAACCGGAGCGAGCGGGAUAUUAUCCUCUACACCACAGGACUAUGAUACGCCACCGUCACAGUCAGUUCUCUCCGACUCGAGCUCGAUAGAGGUAGAUGCGGUGACGGAGGCGGAAUUGAAGGAGAAUGGGUUCAGGAGCACGAGGAGGACAAAACUGGUGUGCACGAUCGGGCCAGCGACGUGUGGAUUUGAGGAAUUGGAGGCGUUGGCUGUUGGAGGCAUGAAUGUUGCACGGAUUAACAUGUGUCAUGGGACUCGUGAGUGGCAUAAGAGAGUAAUUGAGCGAGUGAGGAGAUUAAAUGAAGAGAAAGGUUUUGCCGUUGCUAUUAUGAUGGAUACUGAAGGCAGUGAGAUUCAUAUGGGUGAUCUUGGUGGUGCUUCCUCUGCUAAAGCUGAGGAUGGUGAAAUUUGGACUUUUAGUGUGCGAGCAUUUGAUUUGCCUCGACCAGAACGCACCAUCAAUGUGAAUUAUGAUGGUUUUGCUGAGGAUGUGAAAGUUGGGGAUGAACUUCUUGUUGAUGGUGGAAUGGUGAGGUUUGAAGUGAUAGAGAAAAUUGGUCCAGAUGUCAAGUGUAGGUGUACGGAUCCUGGAUUGAUGCUACCACGGGCUAAUUUGACUUUCUGGAGGGAUGGAAGUCUAGUACGAGAACGUAAUGCCAUGCUCCCCACAAUUUCCUCAAAGGAUUGGUUGGACAUUGAUUUUGGGAUUGCAGAGGGUGUUGACUUCAUUGCGAUAUCAUUUGUCAAGUCCGCUGAAGUGAUUACCCAUCUUAAAAGCUACAUAGCUGCACGGUCUCGUGAUAGUGACAUAGCUGUCAUUGCAAAGAUAGAGAGUAUUGACUCAUUAAAGAACUUGGAGGAGAUCAUUCAAGCAUCAGAUGGAGCAAUGGUAGCCAGAGGAGAUCUAGGUGCUCAGAUACCAUUAGAACAGGUCCCAUCAGCUCAGCAAAAGAUUGUUCAAGUUUGUAGGCAGCUAAAUAAGCCAGUUAUUGUUGCUUCUCAGCUACUUGAAUCUAUGAUUGAAUACCCUACACCUACCAGGGCAGAGGUAGCUGAUGUUUCUGAAGCAGUUAGGCAAAGGGCAGAUGCUUUGAUGCUAUCUGGUGAGUCAGCCAUGGGCCAAUACCCAGAUAAGGCAUUGGCUGUUCUGAGAAGUGUCAGUGUGAGAAUUGAGAAAUGGUGGAGAGAAGAGAAACGCCAUGAAGCUAUGGAACUCCCUGCUGUAGGAUCCUCAUUUUCUGACAGUAUUUCUGAAGAGAUUUGCAGUUCUGCUGCCAAGAUGGCUAACAAUUUGGGAGUAGAUGCACUCUUUGUCUACACAAAGACAGGUCACACGGCUUCUCUCUUGUCACGUUGCAGACCUGAUUGCCCAAUCUUUGCUUUCACAAGCACGAUAUCUGUAAGGAGACGCCUGAACCUACAGUGGGGCCUGAUACCUUUCCGCCUGAGCUUCUCUGAUGAUAUGGAAAGCAACCUUAAUAAAACCUUCUCAUUGCUCAAGGCUAGGGGAAUGAUCAAAUCAGGGGACCUUGUCAUUGCUGUCUCGGACUUGUUACAAUCCAUCCAAGUUAUGAAUGUUCCUUAG